AUGCCACUGUGUAAAAUAGUCAUCUCUGGGCCGCUGCCCCGGCACGUGUGUUCGGUGCAGAAGGCGGUGCCGCAGCAAGUGAAGCACGUGGAGUCGUUCAGCAAGCCAACGCAAAUCAGCUACCAGCACAAGUGUGACAACGGCAGCGGGCUCUGCAAGGCAGUGAGGACGGUGUACCAGAAGGCCUUCCGCACGGUGUAUUCGACUCGCUACAGCAAACACUCCUCGUUCGCCUGCUGUCCCGGCUGGACGCAGGUGAAGCCCACCAGCUAUGGAUGCAUGCAAGCGGUGUGCGUGACUCCGUGUCUUAACAGCGGCACCUGUGUAAAGCCAGAGCGCUGCUCCUGUCCUCCGGGCUUCACUGGGCACCACUGCGAGCACUCCGUGUGCUCGCCUUCGUGCCUCAACGGUGGCUCCUGCGUGAAGCCGAACCUGUGUACCUGCCCUCCUGGCUUCACAGGCCACCGCUGUGAGACCAGGGACUGCGGCGGCUGCAGGAACGGCGGCACCUGCCUCAGGACUGGGCUCUGCGCGUGCCGGGACGGCUACGGCGGCGACCACUGCGAACACGAUGUGGACGAAUGCUCUUCGAACCCUUGUGACCAGCUGUGCACCAACAGCGUCGGCAGCUUCCAGUGUGAGUGCCGCCCAGGCUUCACGCUGCUCGCCGAUGGAAAGUCCUGCCGCAGCCAAGGGAACAUCACAGCAACAGAAGCGAGAGACCUGAUGGACUUCGAAUUUAUUUCUGAGAGGCUGGAAGAAAGAGUAACAGCCAUUGAAAAAAAAAUGGCUCUGCAGGAAAUACAAACAGAACACAUUUCUUAUGUUUCACUCUCAGAAAUGAACAACAAGAUGGUUUCCAUCAUGGAAAGUGUUACAGAGUUGCAGAAUCAGCUAGAAAGCAUUAAAUUGGUGCAAAGUGAAGCAGGCAGACUCAUGCGCACACUGCAGAACUACAGGACUGAAAUUGAAAGGAUAAAUCCACUCUGUAGCCAAGUGUCAAGUCUACAACAUCGAAUACAGACUUGCAACUGUCGGAGUGCUUACGGCUACAAAUAUCAUCUAACAUAGCAUACCUGCAGAGCUGAAGCAUGACUGUUGAAGGAAGACUUCUAUCAAGAGGAAGUUCACUGCCAUUUUGUUCAGGGUUGUUAUUGCAACUCUCAACAGUGAUUUUUUUUUAUAUGUAUAUAUAAUAAAUUUUAAGAAUGAGAUGAAAGCACACAGACAUUAAAUAAUCAAUUGUUUGUAUAAUUAUUCAAAUAUUUUGAUAGAUUUACAAGAUUGUAUAUGUAUGCAACAAACUUUUUAGCUUCUUUUUGACAAGAAUAUACUGAAAAUGGUUUAUUGUGUAUCACAGAAGCAGUUGUCAGAUAAAAUAUUUAUUUAGUGAAGACUGAAACAUAUAGAUUAUGGUGCCAUUGUUCUAGUAGUUGUCUUAUAUAGGAUAGAAACUUUGAGACUGUGCCUAUAUAAACUGCCUGUUGCCUGAAAUCAUAUGUAGUAAUUGUGGGCAUGAGCUUCAUAAAUGCAUUGCAGUUGGAGGAGGGGGAAAAAGCUUAAUUUAUUGAACACAAAGUUGAAUCAGUUAAAAGAAUAAAAUGUGCCUUUGCAAAUAAACUAUUCUGCAAUACUGAAUGAGUGUAUGUUUCUACAAGCAAUCUGAAACAGAAUGAUAAGAAAGUUGUCAUCUCUUGUGAUAAGAACUUAAUUAAAUCUUUCUACAACUUGAGCUGUUUUGUAAAAAUGUUUUAAGGUAUAUUUUAGGAUAAAUGGAACCAUGUAAGUGAAAUUUGACUAUGUGUAAAUAAAGGCAGUAUCCAAUAACAUUG